UGCCAUUAUCUGUGGUUUCCCUCCAGUUUUCUUGAGCCUCAUGUUUUUUGGUUGCAGUCUACUGUAGGGCAUCUAAUCAUUUUACUUCUAAAUUUUAUUAACUAAUCCUGAGCCUAACGAACGCUUUUGUGUUGCAAGUAUCUCUCAGUUCACCAGACUAGUAUAACUGAUUUUCAAAAUGUUUUGGGGUUUAAUCAUGGAGCCUGAGAGGCGCUAUUCACAGAAAGUGAAAAAGCAAUUUCACAUAUCGAAAGCCGCCUUGGAUAUCUCUACAUCGGGCGAUGAACCUUCACAAGUAAUGUGUGGUUAUGAGGGCAGAAACUAUUUGCUAUGUACUUUAAGGAAACCUGAUGUGCUACAGUGUGAUUUAGAUUUGGAGUUUGCGGAAGGAAGCGAAGUUUCUUUUGCCACUAAUGGCAAGGCACACAUUCAUCUAACAGGCUAUUUAACAAAUUUAGAUAGUGAACUGAGUUUUGGUGACUUGGAAGAACAGGAAGAGGAAGAAGUUGAAAAUGACGAUAGUGAUGAAGAACAAGUUGAAGAAAAAUCUGUUCCUGUCAAGAAAAAGAAGAAUAAAAUAGAUAGAGUAGAGAAUGGUCCCCCUUCCAAAAAACCAAAAAUUAAUGGAGUUCCAGAGGACUCUGAUGAAGAUGAUUCCGAUUAUGAGGGUGUGGAUGAGGAAACUGAAGGCGCAGACUUUGAAGAUUCAGAUGAGGAUGACGAAAGUGGAGAAGAAGAAGAUGAGGAUAGUGAAGAAGAGGUACAGGAAAAUGUGAAACCCAAGGCUGCCAAGAACCAGCAACAAAAUGGAGACAAAAAAAAAGAAAAUAAAAAGGUGGAUUUGCAAGUGAAACUGAAAAAGGAGCCAAGCAAGAAACAGAUCAAACUUGAAAAAGGAGUUAUUGUUGAAGAUUUGAAAAUUGGAGAUGGAGCAGUGGCCAAAUCAGGCAAAUUAGUUACUGUAUAUUAUGAAGGCAGGUUAGAGAAAAAUAAUAAACUAUUUGAUUCUUCCAAUAAGGGGGCAGGAUUUAAGUUUCGGUUGGGUGCUAAUGAGGUGAUUAAGGGUUGGGACAUUGGGGUUAUUGGGAUGAAGGUUGGAGGUAAAAGAAAAAUCAUUUGCCCGCCGAAUACUGCUUAUGGAGUUAAGGGUUCUCCUCCAGCAAUUCCAUCAAAUUCCACUCUAGUAUUUACAGUUGAAUUAAAAAAGGUUACGUAAACAAAUGCAGAAAUAUGUUGGAUUUAAACAAUGAGCUUUUUUUGGUUUUAAAUGAAACAGAAUAUUUUAUCAGAAAAAAAAUUGUUCUGUUAUUGUUUCCAAUAACUUUUUCUUUAUAUUUAGCCACUCUCUUUGUGUAUUCUAUGUUUGUUUUAAAUUAAAUAUUUGUAAUUUUUCUCA